AUGGGCAAGAAGUUUAGGGGCAACAAGAACCGUCGCGGAGGCGGCGGCGGCGGCGGCCGUGGAGGAGGAACUCGAAGCGACUGGAGGGAGUACCCUACCCCGGUCAAAGAGAACGUCAAUCUCCAACGAUACUACGAUGGCCUACUCGCUCUUCCGGAGGAGGAGAAGACACAGUACUGGGAUGCUCUCAAGCGUGAGCUGCCCAACAGCUUUCGAUUCUGCGGUUCCAAAGGACACGCUCUGGCUGUUAAGCGCCUUCUUCAGACAAGGUACAUCCCCGAGAUCGUCAAUAUCGAACACCAGGAUGGUCGGCCGGUUGAGCCUCCCAAGCCGGUGCCCUGGUACCCGGACGAGCUGGCUUGGUGGAUGACGACGCCCAAGAACGUGAUCCGCAAGUUUCCUCCGUUUGCCGCCUUCCAAAAGUUCCUCGUUUCGGAGACGAGCGUGGGCAACAUUAGCCGACAGGAGGUGGUGAGCAUGAUUCCUCCUCUGCUGAUGGACGUUCGACCCGGCCAUGUCGUGCUGGAUAUGUGCGCCGCUCCCGGAAGCAAGGCGGCGCAGCUCCUGGAGAUGAUUCAUCAGGGCGAGGAGGCUCGCGUCAAAAAGUGUCUCCGAUCCUUCGCCGAGGAGGAUGGCCUGGUCGUAGGCAAGGAGACAGAGGAAGAGGCCGAGGUUGACCUCGAGGCCGACGCAACCGAUGCCGGCCGCGCUACCGGCCUGCUCGUGGCCAACGACUCCGACUAUAAGCGCGGACACAUGCUUGUCCACCAGUUGAAGCGCCUCUCGUCGCCCAACCUGAUGGUCACAAACCAUGACGCCACGCAGUUCCCGUCAAUCAAGCUACCCAACCGCGAGAACCCCAAGAAGCACCUGUACCUCAAGUUUGACCGCAUCCUUGCCGACGUACCCUGCUCCGGUGACGGCACCUUGCGCAAGAAUGCCAACCUGUGGAAGGAUUGGGUCCCUGGCAGCGCCCUGGGCUUACACCUGACGCAGAUCCGCAUCCUCGUCCGCGCCCUGCAGCUACUCAAGGUCGGCGGCAAGGUCGUCUACUCGACCUGCAGCAUGAACCCCGUCGAGAAUGAGGCGGUCGUCGCCGCCGCCAUCGCCCGUUGCGGCGGCCUGCGGAACGUCGAGAUCGCCGAUUCUUCCGACAAGCUGCCCCAGCUCAAGCGCGUCCCCGGCAUGAAGUCCUGGAGCAUCAUGGACAAAGCCGGCAGGAUAUGGAACUCUUGGGAGGAGGUCGACGCUUUCGCCAAGAAGAAUGAUGGAGUCAUCCCUGGACGUGUCGUCCAGUCCAUGUUUCCCGCCGUCGGCGACGACGCAGAGGCAUUGCCCCUCGACCGCUGCAUGAGGGUGUACCCUCACCUCCAGGACACCGGUGGCUUCUUCAUCACCGUCCUCGAGAAGAAGGCCGAAUUCAAGGCUAGGAAUGAAAACGACUCCAAGCUCGAGGCCAAGCCCGAGGCCAAGCCCACAGCGGCUGCUACCGAGGACAAGCCCGCUGAGGUCGCCACCGAGGAGGCGAAGGAGGAGGAGAGGGACGUUACCAUGGAUACAGACGAGACUACUUCCAACGGCAACAAGAGAACCCUGGAAGAGGCGGAUGAGAGUGGCGAGCAGCAGCCCGCGGCCAAGAAGACCAAGACCGACGGCGACGAGGCUACCACCGCCAAGGCAACAGAAACAGAGGAUGCCCCCGCCCCCGUAGAGGCUGCCUCCGCUCCCGCCGCCGAGGCCAAGGCUUCGCGCCGCAACGGGCCCCAGGAGGAGCCCUUCAUCUACUUGGAUGCAUCGCACCCGGUGAUCCAGAAUAUCAAGGAGUUCUACAAGAUCUCGCCUCGGUUCCCCGACGACCGGUACAUGGUGCGCAACGCGAUGGGUGAGCCGGCCAAGGCCAUCUACUACACGACGGCGCUGAUGCGCGACAUCUUCACCGAGAACGAGGGCCGCGGCAUCAAGUUCGUCCACGGUGGCGUGCGCAUGUACAUGAAGCAGGACGCCCCGAGCGCCGACGUGUGCCGGUGGCGCGUCCAAUCCGAGGGCAUCCCCAUUCUCCAGGGCUACGUGGGCGAGUCACGCCUCGUCCACCUGACCAGCAAGGAGACCUUCCGCCGCUUGCUCAUCGAGAUGUUCCCCCGCAUCGCCGACGGCGCCUGGCGCGACUUCGCCGAGAUUGGCGAGCGCGUCCGCGACAUCGGCAUGGGCUGCUGCGUCCUGCGCGUCCAGCCCGACGGCUCCGACCCGGACUUCCAGGAGUCCAUGGCCCUGCCGCUCUGGAAGAGCAUCCACUCGCUCAACCUCAUGCUGCCCAAGGAGGACCGCUCAGCCAUGCUCCUACGCGUCUUCAACGAUACCUCGCCCCUCGUCAACAUUACCCUCAAGAAACAGCAGGAGCAGAAGAAGCUGCAGGAGGCUGGUGCUGGUGCUGGUGCUGCUGAGGAUGACGAGGAUGAGUCUGCUGUUGAUGCUGCUGUCGCGACUGAGGAUGCUCCUGCUGAGGAUGUCCCCGUCGAGGACGCCCCGGCUGACAAGGCCGAGUGA